GCAGGUAUCAAUGUACCAAAGCGCCUGCUUGUCCUCCAUCAAUCGUCUAUUGUUCUUCGCGAUUGUGUCGCGGACGACCUUGUCAUGUGAAGCUAAUGACUAGAUUGUCAGCACCCGAUGUUGACCCCGGUUGUAGGUCCUCUUCAAUGAACACGGUGACUCUUUGAGCCACUUUCCCAGUUCAUCCGCCUCACCUCUUUACUGUAAAAGAUGCUCGGACGACGACGCUAUCAGAUCUUCAUCUGCAUAGCUGUGCUCAUCAUUUUGGCCAUCACCCAAUUACGAGAACCCAUCGUGACGACAUAUUCGACAGCUCGAACGAAGUACGGCGCACUUUUCCCAAGCGCAACCAAGAACAAGGAUGGCCGAUUCCGCUGGAGUUCUGUACCAGUGAACUAUCCCGUGAAGGCUUUGAAAAGUCUCCCGACAGGCGCUCCGCUCGCUCUUCCGAAAGUGCAAUAUCAGUUCCCCAAGGAAUUAGCCGAGGAUGCGAAGAAGCGCAAGUCUCGCCAGGGCGCAGUCAAAGCAGCAUUUCAACGCUGCUGGAAGACUUACUCGGAGUAUGCAUGGACGCACGACGAAGUCACGCCUGUUCAUGCGCAGACUCGUGAUGGCUUUGGUGGAUGGUCGGCCAGCUUGGUCGACAGCCUCGAUACGCUAUGGAUCAUGGGUUUGAAGGCCGAGUUUGCGAAAGCCGUUGAUGCCGCGAUGGACAUCAACCUAGGUUCGUCCACUCUCGACAGCAUCAAUGUUUUUGAGACGACCAUUCGCCAUCUUGGAGGGUUCUUGUCGGCAUACGAUUUGAGCGGUGACGCAAGACUGCUCGAGAAGGCGACCGAAUUUGGUGAGAUGCUCCUCAAAGCAUUCGAUACCCCGAAUCGCAUGCCGAUCACGCGUUGGGACCCGAGAAAGGCUUUGACCGGAAGCCAAGUCGCCGAUUCGACGGUUCUGUUGGCAGAGAUUGGUUCCUUGACCAUGGAAUUUACUCAUCUAUCGCAAGUCACCGGAGAUAUGCGAUGGUACGAUGCAGUGGAUCGAAUUACUCGAUUGUUCGCGAGCCAGCAGCAGAAGACCGCUCUGCCGGGAAUGUGGCCAGUCACCGUUGAUGCGAAGCGCACAGAUUUCACCCAGGACACAUUCUACACCCUGAACGCCAUGGCCGAUUCUUUGUACGAAUAUCUGCCCAAGAUGUAUGCCUUGCUCGGUGGUCUCGAGCCCAUCUACUCCGAAAUGUAUGAAGCAAGUAUGGCAACGGCAAUCAAGUACAAUCUCUUCAAGCCGAUGACUCCAGAUGAAGCCGACAUUUUGAUUUCUGGCAACGUUCGCACCAUGGGCAGUAACUCUCCAGUAUUGGACGCGCAAGGGCAACAUUUGGGAUGCUUUACAGGAGGCAUGUUCAGUUUGGGCGGAAAAUUAUUCGAGAUGCCGGAUCACGUCGAGAUAGGCAAGAAGCUCACUCACGGCUGUAUCUGGACGUAUAAGGCAUUGCCGAGGGGUAUCAUGCCAGAGGUUUUUGAAAUGGUCCCAUGUGCCUCCGCUUCAGCAUCUUGUCCUUGGGACGAAAGUCUAUGGCUUCAGAAGGUCGUCGAGAAGGCGCAAGAAGCGGACGGCGAGUCGGCGCAGGCGAAAGGAGAUGAUGCGCAACACAUAACCAAGCGAGAUCGCCUUCCUCCAGGAUUUACUCAGAUCGGGGAUCGGAGAUACAUUCUUCGACCGGAGGCGAUCGAAAGCGUGUUUCUCCUGUACCGCAUGACGGGCGAACGGUCUCUAUUGGACGCGGCAUGGACCAUGUAUGAGUCUAUCGUCGCCGCCACGCAGACAUCAUACGCCUAUGCUGCACUUGCCGACGUGACCUGGAGCAGGGAUGAACUGUUGUCGAUGCAAGCCUCGGUCCAAGUGGACAGUAUGGAAAGUUUCUGGAUGGCUGAGACAUUGAAAUAUUUCUACUUGAUCUUCAGUGAACCAAGUCUGAUCAGCCUAGACGAAUGGGUGUUCAAUACGGAGGCGCAUCCGUUCAAGCGACCGCUUCCUCAAUGAGGCGUUGUGGUGUAUGAAACGCAUCAAUACGUGAGAUUUGUAUUGCUUCAAUUCCAACAUUCAUCACAUCUCACCGCGUUCUUGGUCUGCUCUGACUUGGCAUGUUUGAAGCGAUGCGAAUGCCCACGAUGGUCACGGUCCAGUGAAUGCCAGUCCUGUGCCGGACGCAUGCAGAUGCUAGUACUUAUUAGCUAGCGUGCAGAAACACACGCCGAGCGAUUUUGACGAUCCGCUAUUGCCUAGUACACAUGAUGAUGUGACAGGGCGGCAGGACAGUAGUACCGCAGGUAUAACAACACGUAGUGGAUUCCCAC